AUGAAGUUCAACAUUGCCUUUGCUCUUGCUGCCGCCCUUUACCUGGCCCCCAACGCCGUGGCUUGGAACCUACCUGGGCUCGGCAAGCGUCAAGAUGCCACCCCUACUUCUCAGAUUGCCUCUAGCUCCGAGCCUACCGGCACAUUCCCAUCUGGCAGUUUCGGGGGUGGUGAGGGCGGAUCAUUCCCGUCUGAUGGUGCCCAGCCCUCGGGUAGCUUUGGAGGAUCUGGCGGCCAUGGUCACGGCUCUGGUAGCCAGCAAUCCGGCCGUCCUGGUCCUCGCCCGUCUGGCGCUGCUUCAUCCGGCGCUGUUCCGUCCGGAAGCUUUGGCGGUGGUGAGUCCGGUGGUGCCCAGCCCUCAGGUACUGUUGGAGGCACCAGCGGCGGUGGCUCUGGGGGUGCAUCCCCCUCUGGCGCACCUCAUUCAGGUGGUGGCUCUGGUGGCUUCGGCGGAGGUCAGUCCACCUUUGUGACAGUUCCUGCCGGCCCCACCGCUACCCCCGAGGCCAGCUCUCAGAGCCAGGGUGAGUCCUCUGAGGGUGAGAAAGACCAGCGUAUUCACGCUCGUCAAUUCCGCGCCAUUCAGGUUUAA